AAUUUUUUUAUCACUGUCUCACUUCUUCUUCGCUGAUUCGUUUCAAAGCAAAAAGCAUUUGGGUUCUUGAUCUUGACGAUCUCUGAGGAACACGAGAAUUUGAAAUCUGGGAAAAUCUGUCUCGAAUUUUCUCUCAGGAAAUUGGCAGAGAGAAUCGCCAAAAAAUGUGUCCCUGCGAAGAGCGUCGUGCUCCACCUGGGGUUUACUAUACUCCACCGCCGGCGAGAACAAGUUAUGUGGCGGCGAUGCCGUUGUCGGAGAGGAGAAGACCACCGUUUUCUUGUUCUUCGUCGUCGGAGAAUCGUGAUCCGUUUCACAUUGUUCACAAGGUUCCUUCUGGUGAUUCUCCUUACGUCAGAGCCAAACAUGCGCAGUUGAUAGAUAAAGAUCCGAAUAGAGCUAUAUCAUUGUUUUGGACUGCAAUAAACGCUGGAGAUCGAGUUGAUAGUGCUUUGAAGGACAUGGUAGUUGUAAUGAAACAGUUAGACCGAUCUGAUGAAGGAAUUGAAGCCUAUCAGAUCCUUCCGAAGUCAGGGAGGAUUGAAGAAGAAGCUGAGUUACUUGAGCACAAGCUGAAAACACUCGAACAAGGAAUGGGAUUUGGAGGUAGAGUCAUUAGAGCUAAAAGGGUUCAAGGAAAACAUGUUACAAUGACUAUUGAGCAAGAGAAAGCAAGGGUAUUAGGGAACUUGGGCUGGGUUCAUUUACAGUUACAUAACUAUGGAAUUGCAGAGCAGCAUUACAGGAGAGCUCUGGGUUUGGAGCGAGACAAAAACAAACAGUGUAACCUUGCAAUCUGCUUGAUGCGUAUGGGUCGAAUUCCUGAAGCUAAAUCUCUUCUUGAUGAUGUAAGAGAUUCUCCUGCAGAGAGUGAAUGCGGAGAUGAACCAUUUGCAAAGUCUUAUGACCGAGCCAUUGAGAUGUUAGCAGAAAUAGAAUCGAAAAAUCCAGAAGCUGAUCUUUCGGAUAAGUUCUACGCGGGAUGUUCAUUUGCAAAUGGGAUGAAGGAAAACAUAGCUCCUGGAAACGCAAACAAGAACUACUCACAUGUUUCUUCUUCUCCAGCAUCUGUUGGACCGAACUCUGCAGGUCUAUAUACACAACCACGCAGAUGCAGAGCAGGGAUGUAUGAGGAAGACACCAGAGGUGCAGCUCGAAAGCUACUGUUUGAGAAACCGAAACAUUUUGCUUCUGAACAGAUUAAGAUCUUAAAGAGAGGAGAAGAAGAACCCAAGAAGCGAAAGAAACUGGACCCGAACAUGAUUCAAUAUCUCCAUGAAUUCAUCAAAGAUACAGCAGAUGGUUCGAAUAAAUGAAUCUAAGAAAAGCUGGGCAGAUAU